UCGGGCUCCGGCUCCCGCGCGGGCUCCGGCUCCUCCCGGCCGCCCGGGGCUAGGGCGACGUGAGGUUGUAAAAAUCCAUGUGGGACGGCCCCGGGGCGAGCAUCAGAAAGAUCCUCUGGAGUCAUUUUCUGGUACAGACUGUGAAAAGAAUGCAUUGAAAAUUCUGGCCAAUAGUCGAAAUACUGGCUUAACCCCCAACUUAGUAUAACAUUCCUUCUCUUCAAUAGCACCUCAUAAUAGAAGAAAAAUGUAUGGAAGUGCAAGAACAAUUACCAAUCUGGAAGGUAGUCCUUCCAGAUCUCCUCGUUUGCCAAGGUCUCCUCGUUUGGGCCACAGAAGAACAAGCAGUGGGGGAGGUGGAGGAACAGGCAAGACACUGUCCAUGGAGAACAUCCAGUCCCUUAAUGCAGCCUAUGCUACGUCUGGACCUAUGUACCUGAGUGAUCAUGAAGGGGUGGCUUCGACAACUUACCCAAAGGGCACCAUGACUCUGGGAAGGGCCACAAAUCGAGCUGUAUAUGGAGGCCGAGUCACAGCCAUGGGGAGUAGUCCCAAUAUUGCUUCUGCUGGACUUUCCCACACAGAUGUUCUUUCAUACACGGAUCAACAUGGUGGUCUGACUAGCUCAUCCCAUCAUCACCACCAUCAGGUCCCUUCCAUGUUGAGGCAGGUAAGGGACAGCACAAUGUUAGACCUUCAAGCUCAGCUCAAGGAACUUCAGAGAGAGAAUGACCUCCUCCGGAAAGAACUAGACAUCAAAGACAGCAAGUUAGGAUCUUCCAUGAACAGUAUCAAGACCUUCUGGAGUCCUGAGCUCAAAAAGGAGAGAGUCUUGAGGAAAGAAGAGGCAGCCCGAAUGUCCGUUCUCAAGGAACAGAUGAGGGUGUCCCAUGAAGAAAAUCAGCACCUGCAGUUGACAAUCCAAGCCCUUCAGGAUGAGCUUCGGACCCAGAGAGACCUCAAUCACCUCCUGCAGCAAGAGAGUGGCAACCGUGGAGCUGAGCACUUCACCAUUGAGCUGACUGAGGAGAACUUCCGGCGGCUCCAAGCUGAACAUGACAGACAAGCUAAAGAGCUGUUCCUUUUAAGGAAGACCUUGGAGGAAAUGGAGCUGAGAAUUGAAACACAGAAACAGACCCUCAAUGCCCGAGACGAGUCGAUUAAAAAGCUUCUUGAGAUGUUGCAAAGUAAAGGGUUGCCUUCUAAAAGUCUCGAGGAUGACAAUGAACGAACACGACGGAUGGCAGAGGCUGAGUCUCAAGUCAGUCACUUAGAAGUGAUUUUAGACCAGAAGGAGAAGGAAAACAUACAUCUUAGAGAGGAAUUGCACCGAAGGAGCCAACUUCAGCCGGAGCCAGCCAAGACGAAGGCUCUCCAGACUGUCAUUGAAAUGAAGGACACAAAAAUCGCUUCAUUGGAGCGAAACAUAAGGGAUCUUGAGGAUGAGAUCCAGAUGUUAAAAGCCAACGGUGUGCUGAACACUGAGGACCGUGAAGAAGAGAUCAAACAAAUAGAGGUUUACAAAAGUCACUCCAAGUUCAUGAAAACCAAGAUUGAUCAGCUGAAGCAGGAGCUUUCAAAGAAGGAGUCAGAACUUCUUGCCUUACAAACAAAGCUUGAAACCCUUAGCAAUCAAAAUUCAGAUUGCAAGCAACACAUUGAAGUGCUUAAAGAGUCGCUUACUGCCAAAGAACAGAGGGCUGCCAUCCUUCAGACCGAGGUAGAUGCGCUGAGGUUACGACUGGAGGAGAAAGAAUCUUUUCUCAAUAAAAAAACAAAACAGCUGCAGGACCUCACGGAAGAGAAGGGGACACUGGCCGGAGAGAUUCGAGACAUGAAGGAUAUGUUAGAAGUGAAGGAAAGAAAAAUCAAUGUUCUUCAGAAGAAGAUUGAAAACUUACAAGAACAACUUAGGGAUAAAGACAAACAACUAACCAAUUUGAAAGACAGAGUGAAGUCCUUGCAGACGGAUUCCAGUAAUACAGAUACUGCGCUAGCAACACUCGAAGAGGCUCUGUCAGAAAAGGAGAGAAUAAUUGAGCGUUUGAAAGAACAGCGGGAGAGAGAUGAUCGGGAAAGACUAGAAGAGAUAGAAUCUUUCCGAAAAGAGAACAAAGAUCUGAAAGAGAAGGUCAAUGCUUUACAAGCUGAACUGACUGAAAAAGAGUCUAGUUUAAUUGACCUCAAGGAACAUGCAUCUUCAUUAGCCUCAGCAGGGCUGAAAAGGGACUCCAAAUUAAAAUCUCUAGAAAUAGCCAUUGAACAAAAGAAAGAAGAAUGUAGCAAAUUGGAAGCACAGUUAAAAAAGCAAGCUGAGCAGUUGUUCAAUCAGAUGUACAACCCAGCUCAUAAUAUUGAAGAUGACUCCAGGAUGAACCCCGAGUUUGCAGACCGAAUAAAACAACUUGAUAAAGAGGCCUCUUACUACCGUGAUGAGUGCGGCAAGGCCCAAGCGGAAGUUGACCGGUUGCUGGAGAUCCUCAAGGAGGUGGAGAAUGAAAAGAAUGACAAGGACAAGAAGAUUGCCGAACUUGAGAGCUUGACUCUCAGGCAUAUGAAGGAUCAGAAUAAGAAGGUGGCCAACCUCAAGCACAACCAACAGUUGGAAAAGAAGAAAAAUGCCCAAUUACUGGAAGAAGUCCGCAGGCGAGAAGAUAGCAUGGCUGACAACUCACAACACUUGCAGAUAGAGGAACUGAUGAGUGCGUUGGAGAAGACCAGACAGGAACUGGAUGCCACCAAGGCACGCCUGGCCUCCACGCAGCAGUCUCUAGCUGAAAAAGAAGCCCAUUUGGCCAACCUCCGGAUAGAAAGGAGAAAACAGCUGGAGGAGAUCCUGGAGAUGAAACAGGAAGCUCUGCUUGCGGCAAUCAGUGAAAAAGAUGCAAAUAUUGCCUUGCUGGAAUUGUCUGCUUCCAAAAAGAAAAAGACACAGGAAGAAGUUAUGGCCCUGAAGCGGGAAAAAGAUCGACUCGUGCAUCAGUUAAAGCAGCAGACCCAGAAUAGAAUGAAGCUGAUGGCAGACAACUAUGAUGAGGACCACCACCAUUACCACCACCACCACCACCACCACCACCACCGAUCUCCUGGGAGGUCGCAACAUUCCAAUCACAGGCCCUCUCCCGACCAGCUAUCAGAAGAGCUAACUAAAGGGGAAAUGCAGCUCUGCAGCAAUGUUCUGAUAAUCUCUUGCAGCGUGGCUCACGUCACUGGCCAUCACCACCUGGAACGCGCAUCAGGACCGAAGAGGAACUUUUCAUUUUCAUUACGGCGCACAGUUCUGUUCUACUUGAUAUUUCCUUUAUCAUCUCAUGUCAUUUCUCAUGGAUUCAGAUAUGUUGGGCAGGAAGAACGAGGAGGAGGAGGAAAAUGACAGAUCCUCCGUUUUUGGGAUGGGGGGGGUCAGGAUUUGGGUGUUCAAAAUGUGAUCAUCUCUUCUGAAUGUCAUUCUUUGAUACAUUUUAUUUAUGUUCCUUAAACAUCGUGGGAUAAACUUGAACUCCGUGGGAUUUUAACUGUGGCUUCAGCUUCUUUUGGACCACUCGCUUCAUCUCCGGUUCUGCUGCUGGUUCAGUCGAAGUGGUCAUUCCUAAGACAUCAGAUUAUCAAAAAGUGUAAAUUCUGUGAGUGAGUGGUGUUGGCAGUGUUUGUACACCAAGAUGCAUGGAGUGUUUGAUAAAGAAACCAAAACACCAAAAAUGGUGAGCCUUUACCCUCCUCUAUUUCUUUAAUCCGCUGUUUGAAGAACCACAUUUUGAUGGUGUAACCAGUAGUUACCUCUGGGCCAGGUUGGAAAUGAAAUCAAUUUUUUAAACCACUAAUACUUGCCAAGAAAUCGCCUUAUGAGAACGUGGUGUGUGUCUCUGACAAAGCAUGGCAUGUCCAAAUCGAUCAUUCAUGACCCUAUCUACCCUGUUUCUGUGCUGGAGAGUGGCAAAAGCCUGAGGCACCCGCACCCUUCUAUUCCGUACGGCCCACGCAUUC